UCCCUCCCCCAUUGAUCAGACUUCUUCCUGUCUCUGAGGAGGAAAGCAGUAGCCACUGAGACACCACUUCUUUCAACGGCCUCAUUCCCAUCCCAAGAGGCAGCUGCCUCCAGGAUGGACAUGAAGCUGCCUCGAAGCCACAGCCUGAAUCUGCUCCUGUUGUUAUUGGCCAUUCUGGGAGGGACCCAAGCUGAUCCAACCAGCUGUUAUGGGAUCCCUGGAAUGCCUGGUCUGCCUGGAGUUCCAGGGAAAGAUGGCAGAGAUGGGCUGAGGGGGCCCAAGGGGGAACCAGGGAUACCAGCCAUUCCUGGGACAAGCGGGCCCAAGGGCCAGAAAGGAGAUCCAGGACUCCCAGGUCAUCCUGGGAAGAAUGGCCCCCCGGGACCAGCUGGGCCCCCGGGUGAUCCCGGCUCCCAGGGUCCACCGGGAAAGCCGGGUAUCCCCGGGAAAUACAAGCUGAAGUACCAGUCAAUGUUCUCAGUGACAAGGAAAACCCAGGAGCACCCAGAACCCAAUAAACUUGUCAGGUUCAAUACGGUCAUCAGCAACCCUCAGGGACACUAUGAUGUGAGCACAGGCAAAUUCACCUGCCAGGUUCCGGGUCUCUAUUACUUUGUCUACCAUGUGUCCCAGACGGCCAACUUGUGCCUGAUGCUGGUGAUGGACGGGACCAGAAAGGCCUCCUUCUGUGACCACAUAUCCAACAAAAAGCAGGUCACCUCAGGUGGGGUUCUGCUCCGAAUGGAGCUGAACCAACAGGUGUGGCUGGAGGUCAAUGACUAUAAUGGCAUGGUUGGCACUGAGGGCUCUGACAGUGUCUUCUCUGGCUUCCUGCUCUUCCCAGACUAAGUCCUGAGGAUAGUUGGUCCGGCCUUCUCUCUGCCCAUCACCCCCAAGAACGUACCUUUAGUCUUCCCCCUGCACUCGCUCUUUCUCCUACAAAUAAACAAAAGCUCCUUGAGAGCAGGAGCUGGCUCAUUUUCUUUAUCCCCAGGAUUUGACAUCUAGUAGGCACUUAAUAAAUGCUUGCUGAUUGAUUGAAGGAUUUUCCUUCCUCCCUGCUGAGUCCUUCUGGUCUCCCCCUCCAGCUUGUGGUGAGCCCCUACCAAUGUCGCCUCCCCAUGUUCUUCAGACACCGUCUGCCUUCUUUAUAGAGUUCUGAGCGAGGGCUAUUCUGGGUUAUGGCCAUGCUUGGAUCUCUUGCCUCCACAAACUGGCUGUGAGCCUCUCCGGGACAGACCUUGGAUGUGGAAGUGUUCAAUGAAUGAUGGUCAUGUUGUCUAGAAGUCCUAAGCCCUCUGGAAGCCAUCCUGGAAAUCCCAGGGGCCUUAAAUGUCAAGGAGAAUUAUUUGUUAGUUUGUUCUUUGGAAUAAAACAUCCUUUAAUGUUAUUUGUUGUUGUUGUUGUUUCUGCCUUCAUUAAAGCUAGCAGUAUUCAAAGUU